AUGGCCCAGCAAAGUAUGAAAGUGAGGCCUGUGCUCCUGAAGCGAAGCAGUCUUGAGUCUGUGGAGCUUGUGAAACAACCACACCACCGCAGGAGCAAAUCACAGCAAGUGCGAUUCAAGGAAGAUGGGAACACUAAGAGUCCAACUGGAGUGACUGAGGUUGAUACCCAAACUCCUGAGGACCCGAGUCUAAUGGGGAAGACACAAGCAUCCCAACACCAUCACCCUACCACCUACUCGCUGUCUUUCCCUAGGUCCCACAAGGCAGGAGGCUUUCGCAGCAUCUCUAUCCAGACCUCCCCCAGUCUCAGGAAGCAUUUCCCAGUUUUUAAAAGGAAGAAACUCACAAAAAGCAAGUCCCUGGUAGAAAUGCCAACCGCAUCCCCAAGUGCCAUCCAGGUCAAUGGCAACCUCUCUGAACAGGAUGUUGUGUCAUCUGACCUUGCCUUCCUGAGGCUGGCUCAGCAUCUUGAGGAUGGGCCUCGAAGACUCAAAAUGCCCCACCCAUUUCUCCCUAGGAUGUCCAAGGUACAAAGCAAUGGGCCUGUUAGCUUCUGCUUGGAAUCUGGAACUUGGAGGUCCUCAGAGAAAGCAACAGCUGCCAUUCAGGUUCCGGACGAUAUUUGUCAUAGUCCAACCUGGGAAACUAGAGAGCCGACUUUCAGCACAGAAAGCUCAGCAAAAGAAAGCAACUCCAUACCCACUUUGGUCACCAUGUGUCCAGGGGAUGGGCAAAGAGUGCCGAUAUCAGAUCCAGAAAGAUUCCCCUCCUGCUUAAACGCCAACGGCAGUGCCAACAACACCCCAGGCGCAGGAAAACUCACACCUGAAUUGCUUUUGCCUAAAGAUAAUCCUGAAAACAAAGACAUUGGCCUUCUGUCAUCUCAGUCAAAGAAGAUGUGUGUUCCCUCACCAUCACGGACUCACAGCUCCUCUGAGACAGGCUCCCAUAGCCAGCUAGCCCACUUGGGAAGAGUCUCUGAUUGCCCAGCAUCCAGUGACAAUCACCAGGACCUGGAAUCACUCAAAAGUAGCAGUGCAUCCAAGUCUACCCCUGUAUGUUGGGAGCAUGUGGCAAAGCUUCCCAGCCAGUCAGACAUCCCAGAUCUUCAGACUGGCCUGGGAAGUGAGCACCUCCCUUCCUCCCUUCCAAGGCAUGAGUACAAGCCUCAGAGCAGCAGGGAGCUCAGUGGGAGUAAUCACAGUCACCUGGCACAGGGCGAACUAUGUGACCUCCAAGGCCGGCUGCAAUCAGUGGAGGAAUCGCUGCAUUCAAACCAAGAGAAAAUUAAAGUCCUAUUGAAUGUGAUUCAAGAUCUGGAGAAAGCUCGUGCUCUCACUGAAGGGCGGAACUUUUAUCGGACAGGCCAAGAUCUCAACAACUGCAGCACCUGUCAGAACACGGCGUGCAUCAUAUACAGUGUGGAGUAUGACUUCCGGCAGCAGGAAGGCAGGUUCCAUGAGGUCCUCCAGAACCUGGAGGAAGCAGAACCAGCUGAGGAAGCACCUUCCCCACCCAAGUCCCCAGCAGAAGCCCAAGUUCCGGAGAAACAGGAUGUACGGCGGAAAAGCAAGAAGGUGAAGAAGAAAUGCUUCUGGUGGAUAUGA